AAAUGGCAGCGGCAAAGUGCUCGCUGGGUGCUGCAAGAGUUAACAACUUUUGUAAAUGUUCAUCACCAAAGUUGUUCCAAAGAAGAGUCUAGAUACACCAGUGACGUAACAUGGCUUCCGAUCGACCGCAAUAUCAAGUAGUAUUCUUGAUAGAUCUCGUACAAUCGAAAUCUUGCGGCUCCCAAACGGACUUGGGAAACGAUAUUCGACCGUCGACAAUCUGUUUGACUAUUUUUCGUAUUCUUGUAAACUUGUUAGGAAAGAUUCGUAGUCGAAGUGACAAAGAUGAGAGGCAAGUGAAUAAAGCAUGCCAGAAACUGAAAUGGGGCUGUAAGUUUUUCAAUUCCCAGGAACAUAAAGGGAAAAUUGAAAGAAGUCAAUUCAAAAGUUUCAAGCUUAAACAUUUUGAAGUUUUUGAAAAGGAAGUCGAGAAAAGAUUCGGACAAAGUAGCAGAGCAAAUGAAACUGAAACGACUGACAGUAAUGUCGAAAAUAAACGGAGAAGGUGCUCGUUGGGUUACAAAACUAAGGCUAGUUCCCCUGCAGACAAUGUUGGUAAAGUUUUAUCCGAAGUCUUUGCGGACUUUCAGUGGGAAAGACCGGAUCUUAUGUCACCAGGACGACCUCACAGGAGAAAAGGCAAGCCAGCUCGAUGGGGAAGAGCAGGUCUUAAUUCUUCACGGGAUGAAUCUGCCAGUGGAACAAGAUGUGUCAGAAAUUUACUAUUUAUUCUCAGCAAUUGUCCAAACAAUGAAGAAAAGCUGAAGAGUUUUUGUGGAAAAAAGUGCAUUGAUGGAGAUGUGUUCUUGGACUCUGUUCUUACUACAGCCAUGAUUGAUAAACUACGUGGGAAUUUGAGACUAGAUCUGUUUUGGAUUGACACUGGUGGAAGAUCAACAGAUGAUGAUGUUUCGGUGAAUGAAAGCAGUGUUGGGAAAGUAAGAGAUGCUCUUGGCAAAGUUGGAGGAAAACUUAUUCCAUUGGAUGUUGUUUUGCAAGGUCACAGUGGACAAACGUUGAGCUGUUAUGAUAGUAAAUUUCCAUCCAUUUUGGUGCCAAGUUUGUCACAGCAAAGUGGCACAACUCGAGAGAAUUCAGAAAACCUACAUCCAUGUGGUUCCCUGAAGAGUGGCCCUCUUGAUUACUCUUGUAUUGUGCCUACAGCAUGUGGCCUGGAGCAUUAUCUGCAUGGACCAGAAGUUUGUGAUAGAAGGAGAAGUCUGGAUAACGUCCAGAAAUUUGGAGAUCUUGGAACUGCAGGGCACCUGUGUAUCCAAGCAGGUGAAAAAGAAGUCACAGUGUGUACACUAUUUUUACAGUCUGCUGUAAAACACCCAGAAAGUGGAAAAGUUGGAGGACAGAAGAUCACUUGUAGUCCGGUAGGGUGUUUGACAAGUACCCUGGCUUGUGAAGGUGUCACAUCUUCGGCAGGAAGCCAAGAUGAACCCAUUGUGGUUGUGAACACCUGUGGGAUGAGUGCUGAUGAACUUAUGGAAGCCUACAGGUUCACAGUUGUUGGGGUUGUUCAUUUCCAGCCAAAUUUGGUCCAUGCGUUGUCACCUGGAACAUCAUUCAUAUGCUGUGGCCAUCCUCUCAAUGCAGAAAAGAAGGUCCAAAGUUCACUAAGGUCUCAGUACUUUCAGAGCCUUUUAAGUGAAUUGAUUACUCAUCAGAAAGUUUUGAUCAUUUCCCUGCAGGUGUUGGAUAUGAGAAAGGUAGGACAUGGUCCUGGCUUAGCCAUGCUACAACCUCUGACCUUACAGUCCGGGAUUCUCACCAUCCUGUCCAGUACCCAGGCCUUGGUGUUAGAAAAACAGCUACUUUCAGUUUCACAGGAUGAUAGGGCAAAGACAACCACUGUGGAAGGUUUUGAUGAGUGGAGAAACAAAGUAAUCCAAAGUCAGCUCAAGAUUCCAGUGAAAACUGAAACCAGAUCACACAAUCCAGAAAAAUCUCAGCCCCCUGAACCCAAACCGUUUAACAGUGGCAUGCUGGAGACUUGGUAUUCAUCAGGUCCUAGUGGCCGUAUGGCCGAUCUUGUCCAGAAACUCUCUGACAGAGUGGAGAGUUUUGGUUUCCUUUCUGUGGAGGAGAAGGCUUUGUUGAAGCAAGUACAGAGGCAGUAUCGGCGUGAGAACCAACCCCUGUUAAGUAGCCAGUAUGAGGAAAGGGACCUGAAAGCAAAGCUUGAGCAGGAAAGGACAGAACAGGAUAAGGCUGAUAGAGGAGAUGUAGAUGAGGUAGAUGGCAAUGUGGGCAACAUUGUGUUUCUGGAGAGGUUGAAGAGUAAUACUAACAUUGUCACUGGAGGUCGCAGUGAGCUGAUGCUCAAAUCAGGCAUACAGAAAUCCAAGGAAAAAUCCACCCUUCUGGCAGAAGAAGAAGAGAAAAGCAGCAAAAAGGAGCGUCUUAGGCCAGACAUUAAUGCUGCAGAUUUCCAGGAUGUGACUGAGCUUGUGAGCUACCUGCAGAAUGUGUACACAAAGACGAUAUCAGAAGAGGACUCGGUGGAUACGUGUGUGCAGACCAUUGUUCUGGUGGCUCUGCACUUCCUGAAACAAUCAGGGGCAGAUAACCCAGAGGAGUCCCUGAAAGAGUUACUGGAUGAAAAGAUACUGAUCAGUAACAACAAGCUGAGGCAGAAACACAGCCAUGCUGACUGUGACUUGACAGAUGAACAGAAACUACUGGAGUAUAAACUACAGAUCCAGUUACAGUUUGAGAUAGCAGCCUCACAAACUGAUGUGGACACAAUGACAGAGGAUUGUAUCGAAGAGGUGUGCAAUAUGCUCAGAAAAUGGUCAAUAUCUGGCAAACUGGAUAUAAGGCAAUACCUGGAGGAUGUGCUUGUAGAACAUUACAUUCACACCUUGCCUAAAAGCUUGGGCAGUUUGUACAACACACUCAUGUUACCCCUCCCAGACGAGUUGGCGAAAGUGGUACCAAGGGGAGAUCACUCCUUGCUGGAUGACUCCUGUUUCAGUGACACACUGAUGAGUCCUGCCUCCUCCGUUGGUCAGGGGUCUGUGACUGCUCACUCAAAUCCCCCGUCGCUGAGUCAGCAGCCUCUGUCUGAUCGGUCAGAUAUCCUCAUGUCAGCUAAUUUCAAAGCCAACAAAUCCAGGAAAAUGGCUGUUCAUCCAAGCCUGUCAGACUUUGGACCGAAGAGACAGAUCAUGGUAGCUGUAAACCCUGCUAGCAGGAAAAGGACCAAAAGCAAAGUAACGAAAGGGUCCAGGUCUGCGAAAAAAGGCUCCACCAGAAAAGGGUCUGCAAGGAAGAACUCAGCUCGUAAAGGGUCAGCACGAAAAAGCUCGGCAAGGAAGAAAAAGAAAGAGUCGGCAGAUGCUGAUGUGAAGGCUGUGAGAAGAAACCUGUUCAUGUCUGAAGGCAAGCUGGAACGUCGCCAGUCUGUGGCUGUCAUGGAGAAUCUGAGGUCUCCUAAGGGUAGACACAAGCAGAGGAGUGCCUUGUGUAGCCCCCGCCGGAGCCCCAGAGUGAAGACCAACACCCCAAACGUUGUCGCUGAGACCCCAGCUCAUAAACAGAAGUUAGUGUUACGACGGAAGGAAAGCCAGCGUGAGAUGAGGUUAGAGAGUGCCCCAGUGGUGAUGGAGUCACCUCUUAAACCUGGCCCCUCCCCCAAUACAUCUGCCACUUUAGAAGGUAGGUCAGUUGUCAGCAACAAAAGUCCUGCCAAGUCUCACAUCAGUGUUUUACCAGCUCGCAGAAGUUUCUACUCUGCUGGCCCUAGGAGCCAAUCGCGUAACCUAGAGAGAUAUAGGCAGUUAGCCAAUCGGAUUGCCGGGAGGGAUCCGCAGAGCCGGGACCAGCUAAAGUCUCCAGAUAGGCUGUUUGUGGUGAAGCAACUAAAAGGCAGCCCAUCCCCAUCAUAUAGCCUCAGAUGUACCCCACAGAGACCUAACAUCACCCCUGUGAAAUCUGUGAUGGACUCACCCAGUCAGAACACUCGCUCAAGGGCAGCAGUAGAGCUGGUUCUCUAUAGGGACUCGCCUAAAACCUCAGGGAGAACACCCAAAGAGAAUGUCACACGCAAACUGACACUGAGUAUGACCCCAGAGAAAAAAGUGAAGCCACACGAAACACUUUCUCCAUCAUUUCAGAAGGGGUCCAAUUUGAUUCCAGGAACUCCGACCCAUAAGAUUAGUGCUCAAGAGAUAACAUCUAUAAUAGACUCACCAAGUCGUAACACCAGGUCUCAAAUUAAAUCUUCUACAGGCAUAAGAAAUCUGUGUUUUGAUUCUGAUCCAUAUGCAGAAGAGAAAGUCUGUGCAGUCAGUCAACUUACAACUACCAUCCAGUCAACACCCAUUAAACAAGACCCUGUUUCGCUAUGUAAAGAAACCCCUCAGAAACAGAACUCCUUGUCCCCAUUCAAGAAAACCCCACAGAAACAGAACCCCUUUUCCCCAUUCAGGAAAACCCCACAGAAACAGAACCCCUUUUCCCCAUUGAAGAAAACUCCACAGAAAGUAUCAUGGGGCACUACAUCACCAAAUGAGAGAAGCCCACAGAAAUCUUCAACACAUUGUACUCCACAGAGAAUUACAACACCAAGCAAUCUUACCAGUAACCAAAACACACCACCAACUCCCGCUUCUAUUUUAAAGAGGAGACCCAACUCCCAGGAAUCUCUGAUGUCUCCUCAGCGGCCUGUGCUGAAAGUAAGAUGGAGGGAGGAGAAUCUGGAGUGUGUACAAGGCGAGGAUGUUGACCAUAACACAGGCAUUCGCUGCUCUAGUCCGGCAGAGAGUGGUGACAGGAAAAGCCCAGAUUUGCUGAAGACUCCAACACAGUCACCCAGGAAGCCCAAAGUGAAGACUCCAGAUUUUGAUUCAUGGCCCAGACGUAAACCCAGGUUUGGCCAGGUAAUAUCACCUAAACUAACAACCGCUGUCAACAUUGCUGCUUCAGCACUCCCUGGAGGAGAUAAAUUUGAAGGCGUUUCAACCGUCACGCAUGAUGAAGAGCAGGUUUCUGUGAGGAAGAGGCGUCGAGUUUGGCGACGGAAACCAGACAGCUUUGAGUCACAAGAUGAAAAUCAAACGUCAGAACUUCAAAUUGUGCAAAUUAAACAUAGCCCUGAUUCACAUUUCACAGGCUUAGAGUCUGAAAUGUUCCCAGAGACCAUAUCUAUCAAGAAACAAACAUAUUCUUCGAACAAUUCAGAUAAGAUUCAAACAGUAGCUGUUGCAGACAAUACUGCUACAGGUGAAAACUUGAGAAUAAAUGCGUUUCAAGGUGCACGUGUUGGCAAGCGUCAGAGAUCACAUGAUGAGAAGGAUCAAGAAAUGAUCUCUGUCAAAAGGCAGUGUAGAGUUGCCGCCCUUGCUGCUCCUGUACCUCCAUCUGUUUGUAAUCCCAGUGCUUUCAAACCUGAUCCAAGUAGUGGCAUUGGCAUAACUGAUCCUUCAAACAGAACUGAUUAUUUUGCGUCGACAAAUGAGGAGGUAUUUCUGUCUGGUGGCGAGUUGUCAGAUGCAGUCGUGUCGCCAUCGAGUUCUGACGUUAGCUCUGCGUCCAGUGUUGUUUCCAGUCCAAGGCAAGCCUCUCCUAAAUUCACUCGCCUCCACAGCCUGAAGAAGUUCUCCCAUGUGAUGAGUUCUGGUAGCGAGUCUGGCAUGGAACUGGCGGAAACCAAUUCUCCUGUGUUUGUGCCAGCAGUGAAUCAAGUAAUCAGUCGUGAAAACUGUGGGAGUGGCGGUGAGACAAAUUGCAAUAACUCAAGUGCUGCUUCUCCAAAGGACAAAUGUGCAGGCGCCAAGGCAAGGAUAUCUCCUGCCUGUGCCAAGUCAUACUCACCCAAUGUGUCUGCGAAGGGGUUGUUAAGCUUGAUGAACUCACCACUGAUACGCUCGGGACCAGGCAAACGAUCUCGCCCGCCAAUAGAGGACACAGAAGUUGUGAGGUUUACGGCCAAUCAAGAACAGUCCAACAAACGACGCAAAACUGUGGCUCGCUCACGACGUUCUCUCAACCUACUGAAAUGACUCUCAAAUUAUGUUACAGUGCGUAUGACCAUUCAUGUACAAUUGUAUUUCCAGCUUGUAAGAAGUCUGAGCAUACCGAGAUACAUCUCCAUUUUAUGGAAAUAACGCAGAUAUGUGUUAAUUAAGCUGAUUUCAAGUUUUUUUUAAAACCUAAGUUAUAAUGACUUUUUACCAUCACAAAUGUUAGUGUUUCCCAUACACAAUUACAGUAUUUCACCUUUUCCUUGAUUCUGCUGAAUUCCUCCACUCUAUAGGGCUAUAGAUUUUUUUUUUUCUUACCAGAAAAACUGAAGUGUUGGCAUCAACAGUAUCAUUUUAAGGCUUUUCUGUGCUUUUUGGAGUGCAUUUUGACAUAAUAAACUUCAGGUAAAAUACAGUACCACUAUUUCAUCUAUACAUGUAGCCUUCUCCAAUAGAUUGUAACCUGAUUGUCAUCAUUACCUCACUGAUGUCAGAUAUAACACAAAAGAAUAUCCAGCUCUCUGCAGGUUUCUCAUAAAUUAAUCUAUGUUGUGGUCAUUUUUUUUUCUUUUCAAAUUUAAGGAGUAGACUUCAGUUGAAGUUUUUGGUAAAACGUUGAAGUAAUUUCAAGCUCAAGGGUGACAACCAUUGUUGAGUACAUAUGAAAAAGUGUGUGAUUAUAAAAUUAUUAUAAACUGCAUAAUUAUAUGGUAAUUCUGUCAUAUUCUUGGCUUGUAUGCCGUGAUCAGAAUUUUGCAAUUUUUAUAUACUGAUCAGAUUGUCAUUUUAUAAUGCUGUCGCUUGUCACAAAUGAUUUCAAGGAAUGUAGCAUUCUAGUAUUUGUUUUUCCUUUUUAAUCUUAGUCACUUUAUAAACAGUGGGUUUAAUUGGAAAUUUUUAACACAUGAAUCAAAAAGUUGGUAAUGAUUAUUCUAAUGUCGCAAGCAUUUUAGUGCAUACUUUAUUUAGUUACAUGUAAAUAAAACUUGUCUUGGGUCGGUUCUCACUCCUGGCCCUUUAGUAAUGAAAAUGCUAUUUAUAACAUGAUCAUAUUGCAUAUGAAAGGUAACUAAAUUUGCAGUGUAUAAAAUAAAAUAGUUAUAUAUUGAAUAU